AUGGAGGAAACUGUUCAUGACAAAUGGCGGUGGCUGUUAGAUCCCAUUCAUGGUUACUCGGUGAGGGGAGUCUACACCUUUUUGUCAAGCAAUGGCGCUAUGGUGAACAGGUCUAGUGUUGAUGAUGUUUGGCAUAAGCAUAUUCCCUCAAAGGUUUCUUUGUUGGUGUGGCGUUUACUUCGUAACCGAAUUCCAACAAAGGACAACUUAGAGCAACGGGGCGUUCUAACUUCGGCUGACACAUUUUGUGUGUUUGGGUGUGAUACAACAGAGUCAGCGGAGCAUCUUUUUCUUCAUUGUUCAAUGGCUGGUUAUUUGUGGGCUCUUGUAAGCAAUUGGUUAGGUAUUUCUUUCGUAUUUGCUGGUGAACUUCGACAUCACUGUCUCCAGUUCACUAAGAUGGCUGGAAUGCAACUUCUCACUUUUUCUUUCUUCAGGGUUAUUUGGUUUGCCACUAUUUAG